CCUAGAUCAAGAACAGACAGCAUCUUUCCUAUACAUCUUCAAGAUACUGGUGGUAUCAGAAAACGAAGCAACUCUCGAUCAAGUCGUACUCGAUCCAUCUCGUCGGCCAACAUUGAACGCCAUCCAGAGCUACUUCCCGACCAAAUACAAGACCGCCUCAACCUGAACAGCAACGGUUGGACUGCCGCAAAGCACUCGCCUCAACCUCAACAUCAAUCAACUUCACUCAGCUCGUCUUCGAACGCUCCACCACUCCAGCCAGCUAGUGAGACUCUUACACUACCUGGAUUCCAAUCUCUGCAAAACAGUAAUACUAGAUUUGGUUCUGCUCCUCGCGAUCAUAAAGAGACUCCUCAUACCACAUCCGCAGAUAUGGCUUCUCUCAGUUAUCUUCCUCCUCCUCACUACGGACACAUGGCAUUCCAGGACCCAUCAUUUGACCACAGUAAGUCAUGCAGACGAUCUCAAACAACCCAGUCCGAAUCGCACUCGCACAUUCACCCUUCGAGCAACUUUGGUUUCAUCUUUGGAACUUCUGCACCUUCGCAGCAAAGUAUUUACGCAUCAGGACCCUUGGACAUUGAGCCCUCUUUCUCUGCGGCGCGAUUGGAGCCAUCGCUGAACCACGUAUCUGAACCGACGACGAUGAACAACCUCAACAGGGCAGUUAGUCCCUUCCACCCUUCGAACUACGACAGUCUCGAAUAUCCCCUGGCAUCUUCUACAAGCCGCUCGAUGGUGAACAGAAGUAUCUCACACAGCCCGCUUUCCCAGCAUAUGGAUCCUUUGACUCCUCCUCUUACGGCAGGAUUAGACCCGGUGCAACCACAAUUGGCCGGAAGUCCAGGGGCACAGGCUAGCAUGGACCGCAUGCGAUCACCAAGCAUCUACGACGGACAAUCAUACUCCUCGUCAUACGCAGCACCGGGUGUGCAAUCAGAACCAANNCCCCUUUCCCAGCUCCCCAGAGCUACAGCUACCCUCCCCCCUCGANCGAUCAGCGCGCGCCAGCAAGUACCACGAAAGAGCAGUGAUUCUCAAUCGAGAGGAGUGGUAAACCAGAAACCAAAACCACAAUGCUGGGAGCAUGGUUGCAACGGGCGCGAGUUCUCUACAUUCAGCAACCUCUUGCGACACCAACGCGAAAAGUCAGGAACGGCCGCUAAAUCAUACUGUCCAAAGUGUGGAGCGGAAUUCACCCGAACGACAGCAAGAAACGGGCAUUUGGCCCAUGAGAAGUGUUCAAAGCAACGCAGAACGUCAGAGGCCAAG